CAGCUGUGGUAUAAUCGAAGAGAAGAAAGGUCAGUAUCUGAAGAGAAAGCUAAAGCACAGUGAGAAGAAGAAGAAAAGAAAAAAGAAUCUUCAGAUCUGAUCUAAUCGGAGAUCCUCCUCUUUGUUCCAACCGGAAAAAAUGUCGUCAGCCUUCAGCGGCGAUGAAACGGCGCCCUUCUUUGGCUUUCUAGGCGCCGCUGCGGCCCUCGUCUUCUCCUGUAUGGGAGCCGCUUAUGGGACCGCAAAGAGCGGUGUUGGAGUUGCGUCGAUGGGAGUGAUGAGACCGGAAUUGGUGAUGAAGUCGAUUGUUCCGGUGGUUAUGGCGGGAGUUUUGGGUAUUUAUGGUUUGAUUAUUGCUGUGAUUAUUAGUACUGGGAUUAACCCUAAGGCUAAAUCUUAUUACCUCUUCGAUGGCUACGCGCAUUUGUCCUCUGGUCUGGCUUGUGGUCUCGCCGGUCUCUCUGCUGGCAUGGCUAUCGGGAUCGUCGGCGAUGCCGGCGUUAGGGCCAAUGCACAACAGCCUAAGCUUUUUGUUGGGAUGAUUCUCAUUCUAAUUUUCGCCGAAGCGCUUGCCCUUUAUGGACUUAUUGUCGGUAUUAUUCUCUCGUCCCGAGCUGGUCAGUCGAGAGCUGAUUAAUUGAACGUUUUGCGCUUUGAAAAUGUGUAUUAUGUCUCUUUUUUCCUUCAAGAUUUGUUUUUGUAGUUCUCUGAUUAGAAAUGGUCAUAACUCAGUUUACUUUCUCAAAUAUUCGUAUGUUGUUGUGUGGUUUUCUACCACACGGAUGCUGUACUCAUAAGGAUUUGGAAUUUAUUAUUCUUCUCAAUAAACAUAAAACCUUAUUUCCUUGGCUGCUUA